CGAGCGAGUUGGCAGCUUGGUUAAUGGCUUCACAACAAGACUCAGGGGGGGGGUGUAUUGAUGAUGUGUUAUAUAGACGGCUGUGGCUGUGAUAUCGGUUGUUCAGACGCUUAUUGCAGUCUCAAGGUCAGACUCUUAAUCUGUGCUGUCCGUAGACUGACUGUACGGUGAUCGUUUACGUUUGCAACAUAUUGUAUUGUACUUCACUGUCUGAAUCUGAUAUGACGGGGUUACCAACCUUUUGUUUAGCUUCCAUUUCAUGAACAGUAUUAUUGAUUUGUUUUAUGUCCCAAUUCGCUGUUUGGUUUUAUAGAGAGUAUUAAUGUUAAACGCAUGUUUUAAUGAUAUUGAAUGAUACUGAUACUAACAAAGAACCAAGUUUGAAGACAUCAUUCAUCAGUUGGAUGAGUGCCUACUGUUCAGUCAGUGACAAUUUGCUUGGCUUAAUAAGCAUAGCAAUUCAUCCAGAGUGACAUUACCUUGUUGAAAAUAGCCCAGAUGUGAACAUUUCUUUGGCAAUAUAAAAUAACAAGAUCAAUAAUAAACAGAAAAUGAAUUUUGCCAAGUUAAUUACAGCAGGAGUAUCAACAAUUUGUGGGGGUGGAGUAAUUGUGUAUUCUGUGCACAGCUACAAUUCAAAUCUUUUAAAAGUCAAUGCUUCUCGAUUAAAUAACGAUGAUGUCCACAUAUCGAAAUGGGACUCCAAUUGGGACAGAAGAGAUCCAGCAAAUAAUAGUGAGCUACAAAAGGCAACACCGACAGCUGUACGAUACAUAUUUCUUAUUAGGCAUGGACAGUACAACUAUUAUGGAGAAAGAGAUACAGAUAGAAAUCUAACAAAACUUGGCAGAGAACAAGCGCUCCUUACCGGAAAACGAUUGCAAGAGUUUGCACACAAAUACAAACACCUGAUCGUGUCAACAAUGACCAGAGCCAAGGAGACCGCAGCUCUUAUACAGGAGUCACUACCCAACAACCUGAAGGUCAUUCACUGUCCCUUGCUGGAGGAAGGAGCCCCAAUACCCCCUGAACCUCCAGUUGAUUUUUAUAACCCAAGUCCCUGUGAAUAUUUUGAAGAUGGAGCUCGAAUUGAGGCUGCUUUUAGGAGAUAUAUACAUAGAGCUGAUCCUGAACAAAAGGGAGAUUCAUAUGAAAUAAUUGUGUGCCAUGGGAAUGUCAUCCGUUAUUUUAUCUGCAGAGCUCUUCAGGUUCCUGUCGAUGCAUGGAUGAGGAUAGGCAUUCACCAUGCAAGUAUAACAGGGAUCGCUAUCUUACCCAAUGGAAGGGUAGUUCUCAGUACAAUCAAUGACAGUGGCCAUCUGCCUGUUAAGUUAGUUACUGCAGUCUGAUGUGUAGUUAAGCUGGUGUAAUGUGAAUGUUCAGUUAUGUCCUGUACAUCUUCCUCGUAGUGCAGUGUCUGGAUACUGACGCUGCCACACACAUGCCUCCUGGAAUUUCAAGUCAUGUUCGUCUGAAGAGAUCCAAAACAGUUGGUGCCGAAGAAGCUUAAAAUGAACUCUUUACAUUGUUUCAAUAUCAGAGGCACCUAGACUAAAAACUAUAGUGUAAUCUAAGUGAAGAGGUAUUCUCUUAUCUAUAUCCUUAUCUAUAGGCGUAGUUACCUUGGGUGGAACCCGGUGCAGAAGUUGGUGGUGUCACCCCAUCGAAAGUAAAAAGCAAUAAAUUUUAUAUGAUAAAGGU